GUUUAGAAGGGUACUUGGUAAAAUAGCCUGAGAGAAAGCAUAGUUUCCAUGGAGGAGGUUCGGAUCAGUUCUAAGGAGGAGAGAUUCGAAAAACUGAGGAAAGCACCAGAAGCUCCAGAUUAUAGCUCAAACCCAAAGAUCCAAAAGGUACCCUUCAUGCUCCGCAAGCCCAAAACUUCCGAGAAGUAUUACGAGCCGAGGGCCGUAGCAAUAGGCCCUUUCCAUCAUGGCAAUCCAAGGUGCGAGCUGGCUGAGGAAUUCAAGCUUAUGUUGACAAAAAGAUUUCUUAAAUACACUAGCCAAACAGUUGAAGCUCUGCAUCAGAAGGUUGAGAAGAAGAUCAAAGAACUACGGGAAUGUUACGCCGAGGAAGCGACACAGACCUAUGAUGAUGAGACCCUCGCUUGGAUGUUGUUCUUAGAUGGGUGUUCAACCUUACAAUUCAUACACUCCUUUGUGGAUGAAGAGUUGGAAGAAUUGUCGAUCAAAAGGGACCAGAUAGCCUUUGCACAACAGGACUUGUUCUUGCUAGAGAACCAAGUCCCUUAUCAAGUCCUCGAGCUGUUGAUGAGCUCAAGCAACAAAUGCGAGGAUUUGAAGAAGGCGAUCGAGACUUACGUUCAGGCAAACAUUGGUGCACCUGGAAAGAAGCAAUCGGAAAAGAAAGUAGCAAUAACCAUGGAAAAAGAGAAAGAGCCCGCUCAUCAAGAGAAAGAGCCCGCUCAUCUUCUUGACCUUCUCCGAACAAGAAUGCUAGGUCCACCAAAAAAUCCCGAUAAGCGAGCUAAAGACCACUCCGUACAAUCUUUUCGCAAUGUACAAGAGCUUGAUGCAGCCGGGAUCCAUUUUAAGCUUAGUAACAGUAGCCUUUUGGGGGACAUAUCUUUUGUUUCUCAUUCCUUUGCAGGAUACCUUAGUCUUCCUGCAAUAUCAGUAGAUGACUCAACAGGGCCUAAGUUCAUGAAUCUGAUAGCAUAUGAAAUGUGUCCUGAUUUCCAGAAUGAUUUUGCGGUCACCUCUUACAUCAGCUUCCUUGAUGCACUCAUUGAUCAUGCAGAUGAUGUUAAGGAGCUAAGGUCAGCCGGUGUACUUUACAACUUACUGGGGAGUGAUAAGGAGGUGGCUAAGCUCUUUAAUGAGAUUGGCACUGACUUGGUCCCUAACACUGACAUAUACCACGAUGUCAAAGCCGAAAUAGAAAAACACUACAAAACCAAGUGGAAGACCUGGAUGUCUCAAUUCUGUCACGAUCAUUUCAGAAGCCCCUGGACUUUCCUGGCUUUCGUGGGUGUUCUAGCAGCACUUGGGUUAACCGGCAUCCAGACUUGGUUUGCAGUCUAUUCUCCAUCGUCUCCCUGUGAUGUCGUUGCCAGAACUUGAAAAUGCGGUGGAACCUUAAGUGAGAUAAAGGUAAUAGAAAUACAUAUGAUUUCUAUCACAAGUGUUUUCUUCAAGGGUCUGCUGAUUUGGUAUGUUCAGGGUCCAUACAACCCUGGCUUUUCAUUUCUCAUUUGCUUUACUGUGUGCUGGUAUGACAAAAUAAGUAUCUUAAUUUUGUUGGACUUUGUCAGCGUGUGGUUGAAUUUUGUGUGUGACAAGCGUAUUUGUACGCUCAUGUAAUAAACAAUGUGAUUCCCUACUGUUUCCUACUUAUCUGUUGCUGCAAAAUAACUAAGCAGGUUACACAUAGGAA